AUGGCUACCAACCCUCCUGCCCCCCUCCCUCCUCCCAUCGACGCCUCCUCCGUCGACAAGCUCCAGCUUGCCGCGGACCGCUCGGCUGUCAACUGGCACUCAUUCGUCGGGAGCAUCCGCCGUGUCCUCCAGGACGCCUUCGUCGGACCCUACUGCGUCCUCGACAUCCUCCUCCGCCGCCCGCGCGCUCUCCAGCCCACUUCACCCAUUCACCCUGAGCUCCAGGCUGCUGCUGAUGCCACCUUCCUCCACGAUCGCCGCGAGUACCUCAUCCGCAAGGCGGAGCAUGAAGUUACGGUGCAUCAUCACGACUUUGCAACAGUGGAACGUGCCACUCGCCUGGCGUUACUUGAUGAGUAUAACACGGCCAUGACAGACUGCCUCCCCAAGAGCAUCGCAUGGGUCACUGCUGACAACCGCGCCUGCACCAUCCUCCUCGGCGCACUCCCCGACACCCUUAUGCGCCGUUUCCAAGCUCGCGAGAUGCGCGCCUCCCUAAUUCGGGCCGAGCUCCAGGCGAUGUUCGAGCGUCGCGACAUCAGCUCUGUCGGCGCCCUUUUCCAGGAGUACUUCUCCAUCACCCUCGCCACCUGUGACGGGGCAGUUGACUACGUGGGGCGCAUGCAGGAGGUCGCUGAUCGCCUUGCGGCACGCCAAGCUGCCCUCCCCGAGCCACUGCAAAUCCAUCGCCUCCUCUACAACCUCACCCCGGACCACGCGUCCCGCCUCCAUGCCUUCACUGAGGCAAACCCCAUGGCCGGCCUCAACGACGUGGUCCAGUGGAUCAUUGACACGGAGUGUCCCCGACACUUCGGGUAG